GCCAACCAGCGCCUGUCUCUGAACAGCCAAUGAACACGCGUCUUACAGCCAAGGCCAGGUCGGGAGCGAGGCUGCAGCUAGUGCGGUGCUGACAGAGACGCGCGCGCGCGCGAUCGCGCUCGGACCCCGGCUGCUGCCGCCAUCACCGCCGCCCGCCCAGUCUCCCCACAGCCGCUUCCCCUCGCCAUGGAGGCGAGGCCGCCGCCGCCGCCGCGGGGCUCGGAGCCGCGGGCCGGGCGGCGGCCCUGAGGGCGAGUGGCGGCCCGAAACGCCGCCGCGGAGCCGAGGCGGAGCCGCUCUCCUCGUCCCCAGCGGUCCCGCCCAACGCCAGACUCUGUGACACAACCAAAAAAAAAAAAAAAAAAAAAGAUAUUUAUGGAAUUCCAGUGAGUGGUAAUGGAUGAUGCAGUUCAAAUAACUAAGGACACAUGUUCAAAGAGCAUAAUUAACUUUUUAAAAGAAGCUAAUGCUUGUUUGCCGUACUGUGUAUCUUCUUCGAUAAGCAUGGAUUCCUGGUUCACUCUUGUUCUGCUUGGCAGUGGUCUGAUAUGUGUCAGUGCCAACAAUGCUACCACAGUUGUACCUUCUGUAGGAAUUACAAGAUUAAUUAACUCAUCAACGGCAGAACCAGUUAAAGAAGAGGCCAAAACUUCAAAUCCAACUUCUUCACUAACUUCUCUUUCUGUGGCACCAACAUUCAGCCCAAAUAUAACUCUGGGACCCACCUAUUUAACUACUGUCAAUUCUUCAGACUCUGACAAUGGGACCACAAGAACAGCACGCACCAAUUCUAUAGGCACUACAAUUUCACCAAAUGAAACGUGGCUUCCAGAUAACCAGUUCACGGAUGCCAGAACAGAACCCUGGGAGGGGAAUUCUAGCACUGCAGCAACCACUCCAGAAGCUUUCCCUCCUUCAGGUAAUUCUGACUCGAAGGACAGAAGAGAUGAGACACCAAUUAUUGCGGUGAUGGUGGCCCUGUCCUCUCUGCUAGUGAUCGUGUUUAUUAUCAUAGUUUUGUACAUGUUAAGGUUUAAGAAAUACAAGCAAGCUGGGAGCCAUUCCAAUUCUUUCCGCUUAUCCAACGGCCGCACUGAGGAUGUGGAGCCCCAGAGUGUGCCACUUCUGGCCAGAUCCCCAAGCACCAACAGGAAGUACCCACCCCUGCCCGUGGACAAGCUGGAAGAGGAAAUUAACCGGAGAAUGGCAGACGACAAUAAGCUCUUCAGGGAGGAAUUCAACGCUCUCCCUGCAUGUCCUAUCCAGGCCACCUGUGAGGCUGCUUCCAAGGAGGAAAACAAGGAAAAAAAUCGAUAUGUAAACAUCUUGCCUUAUGACCACUCUAGAGUCCACCUGACACCAGUCGAAGGGGUUCCAGAUUCUGAUUACAUCAAUGCUUCAUUCAUCAACGGCUACCAAGAAAAGAACAAAUUCAUUGCUGCACAAGGACCAAAAGAAGAAACGGUGAAUGAUUUCUGGAGGAUGAUCUGGGAACAAAACACAGCCACCAUCGUUAUGGUUACCAACCUGAAGGAGAGAAAGGAGUGCAAGUGCGCCCAGUACUGGCCAGACCAAGGCUGCUGGACCUAUGGGAAUAUUCGGGUGUCUGUAGAGGAUGUCACUGUCCUGGUAGACUAUACAGUACGGAAGUUCUGCAUCCAGCAGGUGGGCGACAUGACCAACAGAAAGCCACAGCGCCUCAUCACUCAGUUCCACUUUACCAGCUGGCCAGACUUUGGGGUGCCUUUUACCCCGAUCGGCAUGCUCAAGUUCCUCAAGAAGGUGAAGGCCUGUAACCCUCAGUAUGCAGGGGCCAUCGUGGUCCACUGCAGUGCAGGUGUAGGGCGUACAGGUACCUUUGUCGUCAUUGAUGCCAUGCUGGACAUGAUGCAUACAGAACGGAAGGUGGACGUGUAUGGCUUUGUGAGCCGGAUCCGGGCACAGCGCUGCCAGAUGGUGCAAACGGAUAUGCAGUAUGUCUUCAUAUACCAAGCCCUUCUGGAGCAUUAUCUCUAUGGAGAUACAGAACUGGAAGUGACCUCUCUAGAAACCCACCUGCAGAAAAUUUACAACAAAAUCCCAGGAACCAGCAACAAUGGAUUAGAGGAGGAAUUUAAGGUAAAUUGGAGCUGGAUAACCUCCUUCAGAUUGAAAGAUCCUUGUAAUCUGUGGAACAUGGGAUGCCUGACUAUGCAUUUGCCAACAGUGAAUCCCCUUGUGAGGCAUGCCAGUGGUUAAGGAGGUGGUCCUUUC